AUGACCUCUAAAAACAAUGAUGAAAGUCAGAUUCGACAAUUGAUUGCCGAUUGGACAAGUGCUUUUUGCUUGAAAGAUAUUGAUCGAUUGAUGGCUAACUAUGCCGAUGAUGUUAUUAUCUUUGAUAUAAAACCUCCAUUCCAAAGAAAAGGAGCAAAUGAAUGGAGACGAGCAUGGGAAGAAUGUUUGCCUUAUUUUCCGGAAUCUUUCCAAACUGAAACUCGAGAUAUGAUUAUUCAUGUUAGUGAUGAUGUAGCAUUUGCUCAUUGGCUUUGGCGUUUUACUGGCAUUCCACAGGAACAUCGAGCAAUAAAAACUUGGAUGCGUGCAACUGUUGGCUAUAAAAAACAGAAUGGACGAUGGCUUAUUGUACAUGAACAUGCAUCUCUUCCAUUCAAUCCAGAAACAUCUCAAGUCGUAUUUACUUCCGAUCCAUAG